CGUGGAUCAACACAUUCCAAUUUCAUUGCCUAUAUAUACUUUGUUCACAUUUCUUGUUUUCCUUAAGAGAACACGAAUAUACACGAGCUAAUCCUCACUGCUAAUAUAGUCCAUCUUCAAAAUCUGAAAACCUCUGCUAGUAUUUGUGUUCUGGUCUGUUCUUACUCAAUGGCACUGGCCAAGGACCCUAUGCCUAAUGGUUCAACUUUGAACUCAGUUCAAGCCAAAGCAUUUUAUGGAAAUAAUUUUGGAGGAUCAUCAUUUCAUGCUUCCAUGGAUCCUUCCGGCGAACUUCAUGGAAUGGAUGAGCCCCAAAAAACCGCGUUUCGAGAAAAUGAAAAAGCUGGUGUUUUUGCGAAGAAUUUCACCAUGAGUAAUUCUUCUUCGGUAUCCAGUCCGAGCAGCUCGAAUUCUAAUGGAUUAGGGUACAAAGUGACACCAUAUCUGCCUGAAGAAGCUCGUUCUGUGAUUAGCUUCGAACCUGAGUAUGGUAAUUUUAUGCAAACAGGUGGAUCAUUGCUUAUUUUUGAGCAAAGUAAAGAGUUGAAAAUGAUUAAUCAGCAAGAUGAUUAUUCAGUCUGGGAAGACAAUUUGCACCAUAAUUAUCAGAAUCAGCUGAAUCCCAAGUGCAGCAGCACCGCUCACAGCCUAUUGGAAACACUUGGCGCCUACGGCUCCCCGGGAAUUGGAGGGCAAUUUGGGUGGCUAAAUCCUGAGCCAAAUACACAUACUAAUGGCAUUCAAGAGAAUGCUAGACAAGAAACAGGCUCUAGUAAACGCCAAAUUACGGGAGAGAAUACGCAGGCUCAUAAGAAGCAAUGCAGUGUUGGUUCAAAGAAUAAACCCAAACCAAACUCAACACCUGCGAAGGAUCCACAAAGUAUUGCAGCAAAGAAUCGAAGAGAGCGGAUCAGUGAGCGGCUUAAGACACUCCAAGAUCUUGUCCCCAAUGGCUCCAAGGUUGAUUUGGUAACUAUGCUGGAAAAAGCAAUCAGUUAUGUCAAGUUUCUCCAAUUGCAAGUGAAGGUACUGGCAACUGAUGACUUUUGGCCAGCGCAAGGGGGAAAAGCUCCUGAGCUCUCUCAGGUUAAAGAAGCCAUUGAUGCCAUACUCGCGUCUCAAGUAGACAGGAAUUCAAGCUCAAAAUGAUGCAUAAAUCCCUCAAGAAGAAGAAGACAACAUUUCACAUAGAAAUAUUAAGAAAAUAAAUAUGCACAAUAAUCAAGUUCCAAAAUCAAGAACAUGCUGAUAGGAGUCGAAUGCAUCCCUAUAUUUUGGAAGUUGUUCUGUUAAUUUUCUUGAUUCUUCUUGUUAUCAUUAACUUGUAACUGAAUCUUGAGUCUGAUUAUAAGCGAAAUCUGGACUCGAUAAGCUAGCCAGUCAUAGUUUCAUUUAAAAUUUAAAAAUCGAUCCUUUUGUUUUUUA